AUGGAGGAUGAGUUAAACGUAACAUAUAUAACUCUUGAUGGGUAUGUGGAUUUACAGAAAUACAGACAUCUUUAUUUUCUGAUUAUGUUCGCAGUAUAUAUGCUGAUAUUAUGCUGUAAUUCUUCUAUUGUGUAUCUCAUAUGGACAAAAAAAAACCUCCAUGAGCCUAUGUAUGUUUUCAUUGCUGCUUUGUUACUGAACUCGGUUAUUGUUUGCUCUGCAAUGUACCCAAAGCUGUUGGUUGACUUUUUAUCUGAAAAACAGAUCAUAUCUUAUUCAGCCUGCCUCCUUCAGUUUUACAUUUAUUAUGCUAUUGGCAGUUCAGAGUUCUUACUGUUGUCAGGCAUGGCCUAUGACAGGUAUGUCUCUAUAUGUAAACCUCUGCAAUAUCCAACUAUCAUGACAAAAACCGCAGUGAGUAUUAUCCUGUUUUUUGCUUGGCUUAUACCUGCCAGUCAUAUCGCACUCCCAACAAUACUGAGUGCUCAAGCAAAACUGUGUCACUUUACUUUACCAGGAAUAUUUUGUAACAAUGCAAUUUACAGACUUCAGUGUGUACAGUCAAAAGUCAUUUCUAUAUAUGGUGUCAUUGCUUUGAUCGAUCUUGCAAUUCUGCCUUUCCUUUUCAUAGUUUUUACAUACACAAAGAUAUUUGUUAUAGCCUAUCGAAGUUGUAAAGAAGUCAGGAAAAAAGCCGCAGAUACCUGUUUACCUCAUCUACUGGUCUUAAUUAGUUUCUCCUCUUUGAGUGCGUAUGAUAUCAGUAUAGCUCGAUUGGAAUCUAAUUUUCCAAAAACUGCACGCUUCAUAAUGAUGUUACAAAUAGUUUUGUAUCAUCCUUUGCUUAAUCCGCUCAUAUAUGGGCUCAAAAUGAAGGAAAUUUCUAAACACCUCAAAAGGUUGUUCUGUCCAGCCAAAAAGUUUUGA